CUGACAGCGAGUGCGGGACACGGGGUGCGGGCUCCGGCCGGGAUGGCUCAGGUUUUGGCUGAUGUGAGCUGGAAGGUGCUGGAACGCAGAGCUCGCUCUAAACGAACAGCCUGCGAAGUCUCUGAUUUGGUGCAUCCAAUUGAAAUGGCCAAUACUUUCGACGAGGCGGAUUCCUUCUCGCCUUCUCUUUUUAGGUCUGAGAAGACAUUAUCUGGGUCGGUUUAUGAACCCAUUAAGAGCUCAGACCUGCCCAGGCCAGAUCAUGAGAGUCUUUGGAACAAAUUGGAUCGUUAUUACAGAAUCGUGAAAAUCUCAGUACUGAACUACCAGAGCCCAACUACCGGCCUAUUCCCUACCAGGACUGCGGGUGAUCAAAAGACUGCCAAGGUUCACGACAGUCUGUACUGUGCCGCUAGUGCAUGGGCGUUGGCGCUGGCCUAUCGGCGCAUCGACGAUGACAAGGGGAGAACGCACGAGCUGGAGCACUGUGCUAUAAAAUGUAUGCGAGGGAUUCUGUACUGCUACAUGCGGCAAGCUGAUAAGGUUGAGCAGUUUAAGCAGGACCCAAGCCCACAGAAAUGCCUCCAUUCAAUCUUCCACUUGGACACAGGUGACCAGAUCCUUACCUAUGAGGAGUAUGCUCACUUACAGAUAAAUGCGGUUUCCCUGUUCCUGCUGUACCUGGUGCAGAUGAUUGGCAGCGGUUUGCAAAUUAUCUACAAUACAGACGAGGUUUCAUUCAUCCAGAAUCUAGUUUUCUGUGUGGAGAGAGCGUAUCGUGUGCCUGACUUUGGGAUCUGGGAGAGAGGCAGCAAGUAUAACAAUGGAAGCACAGAAUUACACUCCAGUUCCGUUGGAUUGGCCAAAGCCGCCCUUGAAGCCAUCGAUGGAUUUAACCUCUUUGGAAAUCAGGGCUGCUCCUGGUCAGUCAUAUUCGUCGAUCUCGAUGCCCAUAACCGAAACAGACAAACUCUGUGCUCACUGCUACCCAGAGAGUCACGAUCCCAUAAUACAGACGCGUCUCUGCUGACUUGCAUCAGUUACCCGGCGUUUGCGGUAGACGAUGAUGCGUUAUUCCACCAAGCCCUGGAUAAAAUUGUGCGCAAGCUGAAAGGGAAGUAUGGAUUUAAACGUUUCCUGAGGGACGGCUAUCGAACUGCGUUAGAGGAUGAAAACAGACGCUACUACAAGCCUGCAGAAAUUAAGCUCUUCGAUGGCAUUGAAUGUGAAUUCCCUGUGUUUUUUAUCUACAUGAUCAUCGACGGUGUUUUUCGAGGAAAGCCUGAACAAGUGAAAGAAUAUGAAGCAGCGUUGGAUCCACUCUUGGCCCACGCGUUUGAUGGGUGUCCCGUGGUUCCGAAAUAUUACCACGUUCCUGCUGACUUUGUGGAUGCGGAGAAGGCAAAUCCCAACAGCCAAAAACGAUAUCCCAGUAACUGCGGCCGGGACGGCAAAAUCUUCCUUUGGGGGCAAGCGCUCUACGUAAUCGCUAAGCUGCUGGUUGAAGAAUUAAUAAGUCCGAAGGAAAUUGACCCACUGCAUCGUUACGUUCCCCUGCAAGAACAACGAAAUAUCAGCAUGCGAUACUCAAAUCAGGGUCCGUUGGACAAUGAUACUGUUGUGCACGUGGCGCUGAUAGCAGAAAGUCAACGUCUACAAGUCUUUCUCAACACGUAUGGCAUUCAGACACAGACUCCCCAACAAGUGGAGCCGAUACAGAUCUGGCCGCAGCAGGAGCUUGUCAAGGCAUACCUUCAUUUAGGAGUAAAUGAAAAGUUGGGGUUGUCUGGAAGGCCUGAAAGACCUAUCGGCUGCCUGGGGACAUCUAAGAUUUAUAGGAUCCUUGGCAAGACUGUUGUCUGUUACCCAAUAGUAUUCGAUCUAAGUGAUUUUUACAUGUCUCAGGAUGUGAUGCUCCUUAUUGAUGACAUCCAGAAUGCUUUGCAGUUCAUUAGGCAAUACUGGAAAAUGAACGGGCGCCCUUUAUUCCUGGUGCUGAUACGUGAAGAUAACAUCAGGGGAAGCCGCUUUAAUCCAAUCCUGGACAUGCUGGCAUCCUUCAAAAAUGGCUUUGUGGCUGGUGUGAAGGUGCAUGUGGACAGACUGCAGACACUAAUCUCAGGAGCCAUGGUCGAGCAACUCGAUUUCCUGCGGAUUGGAGACACAGAAGAGGUUCCGGAAUUCCGAGGAUUUGAAGAGCUUGAAGUGCCAAAGCACUCGAAGGUUAACAGGCAGUCGAGUAUUCCCAGUGCAGAGAUGGAGCAACCUCCGGAAAUCAGCGUCGCAGACUGGAAACACAAACCCACCUAUGACAUUAUUCAGAAACUCAAUGAUUGCACCAGCUUGGCAACCCAGGCUGUCCUGGUCAGUAUUCUGCUGAAACGAGAAGGUCCUCACUUUAUAACCAAGGAGGGUACUGUGUCGGAUUUCAUGGAGAGGAUCUAUCGAAAGGCCGGAACCAAUAAACUAUGGUCUGUUGUGCGUCUUGCUGCCAGUCUGUUGUAUAAAACUGUCGAUAGCCUGGCUCCAUCUAUAACUAAUGUCUUAGUUCAGGGGAAGCAGGUGACGCUGGGUGUUUUUGGACAUGAAGAAGCAGUUAUUUCCAAUCCCCUGUCCCCCGGGGUGAUUAAAGAUAUAAUUUAUAGUAAGUGCAGCCCAUACGACGAGCGAGAGGCCGUCCUGCAACAAGAACUUGUCAUCCAUAUUGGCUGGAUCAUUUCAAACACACCGGAGCUCUUCAGCGGCAUGUUAAAAAUACGCGUCGGGUGGAUUGUCCACGCCAUGCGCUACGAGCUGCAGAUCCGUGGUGGCGAUAAACCAGGGAAGGAUAUUUAUCAGCUGUCACCCAGUGAAAUAAAAUGUCUCCUGCUAGACAUACUGCAGCCUCAGCAGUCAGGCAGAUGUUGGCUGAACCGAAGGCAGAUAGAUGGAUCUCUGAAUCGAAAUCCUGCUGGAUUCUACGACCGAGUGUGGCAGAUUCUGGAGAGAACACCUAGUGGCAUCAUUGUUGCAGAGAAGUUCCUUCCUCAGCAGCCCACCCUGUCCGAUAUGACCAUGUAUGAGAUGAACUUCUCGCUGCUUGUGGAAGACAUGUUACAGAACAUCGCUCAGCCAGAGUACCGGCAGAUCGUGGUGGAGCUCCUGAUGAUUGUGUCUGUUAUCCUGGAGAGAAACCCGGAGUUUGAAUUCCCGGAUAAAGUGGAUUUAGACAAACUGGUAAAAGAGGCAUUUAAUGAUUAUGCGCAGGACCAGAGCCACCAUGGUGCAGAUAAACAGAAUGACAUGACAGCCUUCUACAACACCCCCCCACUCGGAAAGCGAGGGACCUGCAGCUAUCUGACGAAGGCCGUGAUGAAUAUGCUUCUGGAAGCCGAAGUGAAGCCAAGCGGCGAAGACCCCUGCAACAUCUGCUGAUCGUCCUCCCUGCAAACAAUGGCCCAGCCAUUUCAACAAGCUCCGCUAUAUCGUAUUUAAUGGUUAUAGAUUAAAAUACUCGCCUGCUAUCCAAUAAUGGCAAACUGUUUACAGAUAAUCACAGCCCAGCCUGUGACGCUAAUAGCGACUCACCCCAGCAGUGGAAAAUU